UUUCCUCGAAAUAGUAUGCAAACAUAUAUUUAUUCGCAAAGAGGUUGUUGCAACGUUUCCUUUCUAAGUAUAUAUUUUUUUAAAGUUCUUUGUUCUUUGGAUUUUACAUAUGGCAACUCUAAUGUUAUUUUUAUUUUGCAGGUUGAUUGUAGUUGGCUUAUUCGAUUGCCAUCUUUUUGGGGGGCUUUACAUAUAACAACUUCCAAGGUAUUGCACUCUACGUAACUUUCCUCACCUUACUCGAUUGUUUCAUUUUUCUAAAGUUCUUUUUUUUUGUGUUUUACAUAUAGAAACUCUAAUGUUAUUUUUAUUUUGCAGGUUGAUUAAGGUUGGCUUAUUCGAUUGCAAUUUUUUUUUUUUGGGUUUUACAUACUACAACUCCCAAGGUAUUGCACUCCACGUAACUUUCCUCACCUCACUCGAUUGUUCCAUUUGUCCAAUGAGUACAAUGGAAUCAUGCUUUGUAUUUUUGAAAUUUUUCAUGAGUAGAAUAAAAAUUGUUCCUAUUAUUUUUAAAAAGAAUACAUUGUUUGUGUUUUGCAGAUUGUUGAAGAUUGGCACCCCUUUUUUUUUUUGAAGACAUGGUUAAAAGUUAUUGUAGCAGUUGAAGAUUCGCACCCUCUUCUUUUUUUAAGACAUGGUUAAAAGUUAUUGUAGCAUUUAUAGUUUAAAUUUUUUUUGUUUGUAAUGCUACCAUUUAAUGGUUGUAACGUUUAAUUGAAAAAGAAGUAAUUAAGAGGGCUAGAGGGGGUUACAAACACCACAACCGCUAUAUAUCUUUUGCUAUGAUGAGACUAAGUUGGUCGGAUCACAUAUUUGCGACCGUCCAAGACUCAAAAACCUAUAUUGUUUUGUAUUAUAGAUAUCACUCACAAUAAUCAGCUCGGAAAAGAAAGAAAAUGGUAAGAAAAAAACACGACCGCGUCCAUCUAGUGAUACUCAUUGGUGGACUACAACGCAUCAUCUUAGGGGCUACGGUUGCGUAGGCCUCUGGAGUUCCAGCCAUUACUGGUGUGGUACGAGAUAUCUCGAGUUUAGUGGUCAAUAUUGGCCAUCAACAGGUCCUACUUACAGAAGUAGUCAAAACGAACAUGACUGCAGCGCUGAUUAAUUAACCAAUGGGAUCCCACUUAGUUAUAUAGACUAUUAUAGAGCGCCGCUAUUUUUGUCAAGGGCUAAAACUUCAAAGGCAGCCGAGCCGAUUAUAUUCCUAAGGUUGUUCAAAAAAAGAUUAUUCCCAUUCAAAGUCAAAGACAGUUGCUAAAGGCAGCCAAUCCUAUUUCCUAAAUUAUCAGUCUCUGUAACUUGUUUGAUGAUGCCUGAUUAAGUAUAAGGAAUAUCUGACUCGUUUUACUGCGAGUGACUACCGUUAAAACGUGUAAAACUUCGUGAUCACAACUAGAAUAUGAAUGUAUUUAGUGUCUUUUUACCAUGACUUCCUCCUGGUUAGGAAACAAAACCAAUUCCUAGAUGAACUCAAUGUCAAUCAUUCAUUACAACCUAUAAAUAUCAACUUCCCAUCGUUAUUCUCUUCCAUUCAUAAACUUUUGUUCUACCUUCUCUCUUUUUUUUUUCUCUUUCUUUACGAUCAGUGGGUCAUUCUUUUUUAAACUUACUACAAAUUUGCAACAGAGAGGACACGGGCUUCUACUUUAAGGUCAGGGAAUAAGAAAAAGUCAAGAAAAAGAAUAACCAGAACCAAAUCAUCAACAAUGGCUGAUAUUAAGACAUGUUAUAGAGGGAGUAUGCUGAUGAUCAAAUCCAUACCGCAUGAAGUUCUUACAGAGAUAUUGGCGAAGGUGGCUUCUUCAUCAUUAGCUGACCACUUAAACGUCAACCAAACUUGCAAGUUUUUCCAUGAAGUUGCACAGGACGAUUUUAUACUCCGACAUGCCUCCCUUGAUGAAGUCCCAGUAAUUCAAUGGACCUCGAAGGCCGAGGUUGCAUCUUUCCUGAAACGAUGCGAACACGCUCAAAAUCCAGAAGUUCUGUAUAGGCAAGGAAUGGUGGAGUUCUUUUAUAACAACCAAAUCGAGUUAGGACGGGAGUUAUUGCAAAGAUCAUCUAAUUCUGGGCAUACAGUUGCCACAUAUGUUCUAGGAAUUAUAUUCCUUGAUUCUGGUGAUAAUCAAUCAAUCCUUAGAGGGAGAGAAUUAUUGAACAGAAUAUUAACAAAAAGAUCCAAUAACGAGAGAUCAAGAGGUGAAGAUGUCGAAGAAUGUCGAAGGAAAUCAAGGAGGGUUAUUAGGCAAUUGUGGGUUAACAAUUCUCUUAAUCCCUCAAAUCCCUCACAAAGCCAAGCUUGCAAUAGUUCAAGAUGCACAACUAGUCAGAAAAAUGUAAAUGGAUGGUCGUCGGAUUACGAAGAUAUGUCGGAUUGCGAAAUAUGCAGAUGCAACCGCGAGUUUUCUCAUUUUAUUAAAAUGGUACUAGGUGUCAACUAGUUAGUCAUGAGUCUCGUAGUAACUAAUAAACAAUUUUCUUCAAAUGGGUAGUUAAACUGAUUAUAUGGC